AAUUAUGACGACCUACUUUUCAUAUCCCUCUGUGGAGUUACAAAAUGAGUUAAGGAGUACUGCGGAAGCUAUUGUCGCACCUGGGAAAGGAAUUUUGGCUGUGGAUGAAACUAAUGAGGGAAUUGGCAAACUUCUUGCCACAAUUGGAUUGGAAAACAGCGAAAAUAAUAGAAGAAGGUACAGACAGUUACUCUUCACUGCAGAGGAUGUAUCCGAGAAUGUAUCAGCAGUCAUUCUCUUCCAUGAAACUGUAUAUCAAAAGACAGAUGAUGGAAGCAGUUUCAUAAGUGUAUUGCAAAAGAAAAAUAUAAUACCAGGGAUUAAGGUUGAUAAGGAUGUUGUGCCGUUGCCUUUUACUGAAGACGAAGUGACUACACAAGGUCUCGACGACUUAGCAAAGCGCUGCGCUGAGUACAAAAAGCAGGGAUGCAGAUUUGCGAAGUGGCGGUGUCCAUUACGCAUCAGCGAGAGAACCCCGUCGCUACUUGCCAUAGAAGACACAGCGCGUGUGCUUGCAAGAUACGCUGCUAUCUGUCAGAGUGAAGGGUUGGUGCCUAUUGUCGAACCAGAUGUGUUGUUAGACGGCGACCAUGACAUCGUGAGAGCUCAAAAUGUGACUGAAAUUGUACUCGCAGCGGUGUACAAAGCGCUAAAUGAUCAUCACGUUUUCCUGGAAGGAUCUCUGCUAAAGCCUAAUAUGGUUACUCCAGGUCAAAAUUGCAAAGUAAGAAAUAGCCCUCAAGAAAUAGCGUUAGCGACUGUGACAGCCUUAUUGAGGACAAUACCUGCAGCGGUACCAGGCAUAACCUUCUUAUCUGGAGGACAGUCUGAAGAAGAAGCAACACUGAAUUUAAAUGCCAUCAACCAAGUACCUUUGAAGAAGCCCUGGGCCCUCACUUUCAGCUAUGGGAGAGCCCUACAGGCUUCCGUUUGGAAAACUUGGGCUGGUAAAGAUGCUAAUGUUAAGAAGGCGCAAGAAGAGCUCAUUAAGAGAACCAAGGCAAACGGAUUGGCCUCGAUGGGAAAAUAUGAAUCGGGUGCUGUUCUCAGUGCAGCAGGAAAUAAAAGUAACUUCAAAUCCAAUUAUAAAUAUUGA